GAAAGCAGUCCCUGUGUUUCUGCAAGGAUGGCAGCGUACAAAGCAAUAGCUGCUCAGGAAGACGCAAAGGCCAUUUGUCAAAGCUAAUUAUUGGUUUAAUAGCUGCAGGAGCGGGGGCUCUGCUGAUAUGCAUCAUUAUCUUCUUCUUGCGACGAAAAAUAUCAUUAAUUAUCUCAGUAAAUUCUUGGAAGGUGAAAAAGAACGAUGAAGCCAUUGAGGCCUUCAUCAGAAAUAAUGGGCCUCUAGCUAUAACAAGAUACACAUUUUCAGAAAUCAAGAAAAUGACCAACUCUUUUGAAGUCAAAUUGGGAGAAGGAGGUUAUGGCACUGUAUUCAAAGGAAGCGCACUAGACAGCUGUCCUGUGGCUGUGAAGGUGUUGAAUGCAUCCAAAGGGAACGGUGAAGAAUUUAUCAAUGAGGUUGUGAGCAUUAGUAGGACUUCACAUGUAAAUAUCGUCACCCUCCUUGGUUUUUGUGUUGAAGGCAGCAAAAAGGCACUUGUAUACGAACUUAUGCCCAAUGGUUCACUUGAGAAGUUCAUAUGCAAGAGGGAUUUAGCGCCAAAUGAUCCACCCUUGAGCUGGGAAAAAUUACUCCAAAUUGCAGAAGGGAUAGCCAAAGGACUCGAGUAUUUGCAUAGAGGUUGCAGCACUCGAAUCUUGCAUUUUGACAUAAAGCCUAACAAUAUCCUUUUGGAUAAAAACUUGUGUCCAAAGAUCUCAGAUUUUGGGCUGGCUAAACUCUGCUCUAAAACACGUAGUAUUGUCUCAAUGCUUGAUGCAAGAGGAACUGUUGGGUACAUUGCACCAGAAGUAUGGAAUAGAAACUUUGGAGGAGUCUCUCAUAAGUCGGACGUGUAUAGUUAUGGAAUGUUGAUUUUGGAAAUGGUUGGAGGAAGACAAAAUAUCAACAGAGACAUGAAUGAUUCAAGUGAUAUAUAUUUUCCUCAUUUGUUAUACAAUCAAAUUGAGAUAGACAAGAAUGUAACAGAACAUGAUGGUAUGACCAGAGAGGAAAGUGAAAUUGCGAAGAAGAUGAUCAUGGUGGGAUUAUGGUGCGUACAGACAAUGCCAUCAGAUAGGCCUCCUAUGAAUAGGGUGAUUGAGAUGUUGGAAGGGAGCUUGGAUCAGCUUCCGGUACCACCAAAGCCUUUCAUGUUUCCAUCUAUUAUUCCAACAACCAGCCGAGAGGAAAGUGGUGCUACAAAUGGUGUUCUUUCCUUUUCGAACACAAUUAGAGAAGAAAGAAUGCAGGGAAUCUUCCAGCUGGCGAUUGGGCACAGCGAUGGCAACUGGGAUGCAGCCGUCACCAGUGGGGAACCCUCAGAGAAGGCAUCUAUUUUGUUGCGGUUCUUAAAAGUCAACUUCUGCUUUAGACCGUACUUUUGUUUUCACAUGAAUACAUUGCCAAGUUCCAAGUGGCUUCCAUUUUGUCUUCCACACUUUCUGCCAUUUAAACUUUCAAACUCAGCAUAUUCAUCCUCGCCAUUAGUAUCAUCCCCCAGGUUUGCACCAAUGGAUAAUCAUCCUAUUCCUUUGCUUACAUCCAUACUCACCGUCAGCUUCUUCUUCUCAAUAGCUUUGCCCCAAUCCUACUCUCAGCAAAAUGAAACAUACCCUGUGUGCAGCCAACCAUACAGUUGUGGAUCUCUCACAAACAUUUCCUACCCUUUCUGGGGACAAAAUAGACCCAGUUUUUGUGGCAGAAAUGGCUUCCGGCUCGUGUGCCCGAACGAUCUAAACACUACAAUUCAAGCUGGCUCACAAACCUUCCAUGUACUGAAGAUUAACCAGAGUGGUUUCACCAUGCGACUUGUGCCACCAGAGUCAGCAUAUAAUCUUUGUCCUCCCAAUAUUUCCAAUAUUUCUCUGAGUAGCAGUCCCUUCAGUUUCCUCUCUACAGUUCAGAACAUCACUGUGUUAUACGAUUGUCCCUCCCAGAUUUCUGGUGCAAACAACUUAACGUGCCAGAAUAAUCCUGGUAAACAAGCAUUCUAUGUGAAUGAAACCCAGUUGCAGCGACUUUCAGGAUUUGACAGAUGCGGGUAUCGUAUUCAAGUGCCAGUUUCAGUGGAUAUUCCCCUGGGUUCUCUGAAGAAUGCUCCGGAUGAAGGGUUUGAUGUGAAGUAUGAUGCAUCGGAGUGUGAGGCAUGCAAGACUUCUGGAGGAACAUGUGGAGCGAAUCAGAGUAAUAGCUCGAUGUUCUCAUGUUACUGUCGUGAUGGAACAGCCCACAAUACAGCCUGUUCUACUAGCAGCAGUAAAAGAAACAAAGUAUUGAAGCUAGUUUUAGGUUUUGUAGCUACUGGAGUUGGAUUGCCUCUCAUUGCUGUCACCAUAUGCAAAAAUAAAGCUAAAAUAUGGCGGUUCAUAACAAGCCGAGUUGGCAACAAGAAGAAGGAUCGAGAAAUUGAAGCCUUCCUUCGAAGUCAGGGGCCUCUGGCUCUGGAAAGAUACAGCUUCUCGGCUUUGAAGAAAAUGACAGACUCAUUCAAAGUCAAACUUGGAGAGGGAGGCUACGGUGCUGUUUACAAAGGCAAGCUCCUUGAUGGCUGUGCCGUAGCAGUAAAACUCCUGCACGAAGCCAGUCAGGACAGCGAAGACUUCAUCAACGAAGUCUCUAGCAUCGGCAAAACCUCCCAUGUUAAUGUUGUCACCCUCCUGGGUUUUUGCUUAGAAGGACGUAGAAGAGCUCUGAUCUACGAGUUCAUGUCCAAUGGUUCUCUGGAAAAGUUCAUUUCCAAGAAGAAACCAGAUGAUCAAACUGUUCCAUCACUGAGUUGGGAGACUUUAAAUGAGAUUGCCAAAGGAAUAGCUCGAGGACUGGACUACCUUCACAAGGGAUGCAACACUCGAAUCUUACACUUUGAUAUAAAACCCCAUAACAUCCUUCUGGAUGAAAAAUAUCACCCAAAGAUCUCAGAUUUCGGGCUGGCCAAGCUGAACACCAAAGAAGAGAGCAUUAUCUCCAUAUCAAACGCGAGAGGGACGAUCGGGUAUGUGGCUCCAGAAGUGUGGAACAAAAGCAUAGGAGGAGUUUCACAUAAGUCCGACGUAUACAGCUACGGAAUGAUGCUGCUGGAGAUGGUUGGAGGACGGAAGAACACUAACGUUGUUGAAUCCGAAGGAAGCAGCGGGUCGGGGAGCGAGUUGUAUUUCCCUCCAUUGACGAUGUACAAGAAGCUUGAAGCGGGAAGUGACGUGGGCGGUGUUAAAGGGAUGACCAGCGAUGAAGAGAAUGAGAUAGCGAAGAAGAUGACAAUGGUGGGACUGUGGUGCAUUCAGACAAUUCCUGCUCAAAGACCAACCAUGAGCAGAGUCAUUGAAAUGUUGGAAGCUAGUACGGAAUCUUUGGAAAUGCCGCCGAAGCCUUUUAUGUCUUCUCCUUCGACAUCAACCUCUGAAUGUUCCUUUACAUUAGCUUCACUGCAGAGUGCUUGAUGUUUAUUUUAAUCUUGUAAACUUAUUAAAUGCGAAAAUAAUGUAAAUUAAAGCGCAUGAAAGCAUGUAAGAACAUGUUUCUGUUGCGUGUCUCUUGUUCUGCCCUCUAUAUGCGUUUGCCACGUCGAUGGUUCGAUGCUUGGUCAGCCAUUUGUUCUAAAAGUUUCAUUAGCUAACCAACUCAGCAAUCAGACUCUUGUUAAGGGUUUGAAACUUGGAGGCCUAAUUAACAGAGUAAAGGUGUUGAAGUGUAAAUUUCACUUUUAAAAA